CACCUAUCUAUCGAUAGCGCCCCUGCAGGCGCCUCGACAACUGCACCGUGCCAUCAUCAGAGCUAUUUGACUCCCCAUAGCCUCCUCUGCUCACGUCAUGGCGACCCACCAGCUGCCGCCCUCCACCGUCCCUCCCCGCCAUCCCACUCCCACCCCCAGCCCGACUGCGGCAGGGCGACAUGCGAUCGUGGCUGUCAUACCACUCCCCCAUCAGCCCAUGUGCCCUCCCUUCCUCGCGGUAUCGCCGUGGGUGUCUGUUGCGCACGUCAUGUCGGUCGAACUCCUCUUGCUUGCCCCUGCAAGUGAGGCUGGGCUGCAGGGGGCGGGCCUCAUCGCCGAUGUGUCUCGUCGGCUGCCGAUGAGGGCCCAGACGCGACAAUCGACUCGGAGCGGGAGAUGGGUCACGUGUGUCGUCCCUCCAGCCGUCGUAAUGCGGCCCCAGUCUCGGCUCGUUGGCUGCCGGUCGUCUCUCGUCGCGACGUGGGUGCUGAAGGCGAGAGGACGGGCGGCGGGUGGCGUCCAUGUGUGAGUGUCUGGUGUGAUCAGACAGCUCAUCGGAUGACGGCGAACGAGAACGUCGCGGCCGGCGUGCGAAGCGGCGUGGGCUCGGCUUGAACCGCUGGUAGUCUUCCUCCGUGAGACGAUGGCUGCGCUGCCCACUGUCACGCUGGCUGGCGGGCACAUCGUUGCUGAACAGAUGCCAUCGGCUGCUGACCUCGUGUCUCGUACCGCCACGGCUGAGAUUGCCCCCCUCCACCUUACGUACAGGCUGAAAUGGCACCUCCCUGUCCCUCGGCUGUGGGUCUUGGUCCCGGAGUGGCGCAGGGGCGGCCAGUCGGGUGCCGGCCGCUGGAAGGGGACGCUCGUGAUACGUCACCGACGAUGGAGGUGAGAUGUGUGGUGGGGAGCCAUGGGCUUCUGGGGCCUUCUUGUUGGCGCUCGUCGCGACGGGCUGUUGGAGGCGAGCACUCUCCUGAGCGACAACACCAUCACUGGUCAGUGGGAUGUCGGGGCGAGGAUGGGCCCGGAUCGGUACAGGUCGGCCGUCCUCCCACACGCGCAGCCCACGCCCGAGCCCCCUCUCCCUCCCCCUCCCUGGCUGUGCAGACACAGUGGCGCCAGUCAGCGACGAGAACGGAGCUCUCCUGUUGGCUCCUUGGUCUGGUGAUGGCGAUGACGACUCGGUGGCUGGUGCCUUGCUCAGCGGCGAUGGGCUGCCUGACUUGACCCGCUGCCACUCGGCCUCGUCGGCGUACUUACACGAAGCAGCCAAAGCUGAUGGUGGUGGGGCGGGGGGCUGUGACGGGGCCUCUGCCAGCUUGGUGCGCUGUUCUGCAGCGGCAGCUGCAGCUGGGGCAGCGUGUGUGUCUGCCGUCGUGUGUGCCGGUGGUCCGGCUGCGGUCUCAUGAUGCCGGAUGGCUGACGGGUGGGGCUCCCUGCAGAUGCUGGCGUGCUGCUGGGCCCUGCGGCCGCCGACCCCCAGAGUGUUCUGUAUCAUCCGGUUGGAUGCGAUAGGGUCGAUCCUCGUCAAUCGAGGCUCAUCAGGCCGCUGUGCCGGAGGGGAAGGGGAAGGGGGCAUGGGCGGCUGGUCUCGAUGCGGUGGCGGAGGGCUUGGUGGCGCCACGGGGGGGCGUGGUGGCGAGAGGACCGCCGCUUCCUGCUCGCUGAGGUAUUCCUCCACUCGUUUGUGCAGCAGGUCGACCUCGACACUUGUGGCGUGGUAGCCGAACACGGGAACAGCAUCGCUCGCAGACGCAGCUGAACGUGCCCACACACAGCAGGGGGAGAAUGCAAGACUUGUUUUGGUGCAUAUCUGUGCAUGACUUACUUUGGUUUUCUUGAUCAGGGCGGGCCUCGAUGUGGGGUCUUCGUGCGUCGGGGUAGUGGCGGUAGAAGUCGAUGUAUCGGUUCUUCAACAGACACAGAUGCUCGCCAAAGAUGACUGACAUGAGAACACAUGAUGCGGAUACAUCAGCGGCGAUGUUUGAUUGAUGCUUUGUCUGUGUAUCGCACCCCAUGGGAAGGAGCGGAAGAUGGCCACGGGAUGGUGAUGCUCGUCAAGCUCUCCAUCAGACCUCAAUCUGACACCGACAAAAGCAUUCAAUCACCUCUCCACCUUUCCACCCUGCCCCUCCCUCACAGCUGUUUUGCCCCCACCUGUGCAUGGCACUGGCGGCUUCGGUGUAUGUGGCGAUGUAUGCGGCCGAUGCGCGUGCGUAGAGCCUCUCCAGCUCCCUGCUGCGGUCCUCCUCUGUCUCGCCGAGCUCUCGCCGGUGCAGACGGUCGGCACACACGUCAGCCGCAGCCCGCAGCUCACAGGUCAUCUUUGCGGCAACGUCGCGGUCCUUGGCAUGGUGCUUCUCGGCGAGUCGGGCGAUGCAGCCUGUGGCGAGCUCUGACUCCUCAAUCGCCCCAUACUGACGCAUCAUGUACAUCACCUGACCGCAACAACACAACACAACACACGCACAGACAGACAAAGAAAACCCCAUAUGUGACGGACGAAGCUUUCGGCUUUUCAUGUAGCAAGCUUGGCUUGCCUGUGCGUUCCAUCUGAUGCAUUCCUCGCGCAUCUCGUGGAGAUGUUGCGGUGCGUCCCUGUGCAGCAGAUCGGCAUCGGCCACGCCGGCCGGCACGGUCUGGUCAGGCGGCCAUCGCCACACGGCCGCAUCCUCGUCGUCCUCCCCGUCACGCACCUCCACCUCCGUCUCUCCAUCAGCCGACACAGCACUGUCCUCUACCGUCUCGAAGAACACGUGUCUCGGCACCUCGACGCCGCCCCAACACACCAUGUCACACUCGGGGACCGGCUGGCCACUCAGGCGAGCACGGCACCGACCGACGAUCCAGGCGACACAGGCCUUGCUGAUCUCAUGGAGGUCCGUGCGUGGCACCAGGAAAGUGGACUGAGAAGGGGCUGGUGGUGGUGCUGCAGCAGUCGCAGGCUCCUCUGACAGGUGUGCAGGUUGGUCCGUCGUGCACUUGAGCACGUCUGCCGGCACCUUGGGGUCGCCACUGCAUGCCUCGCCAUUGACGCGAGCCAACGCCCGAUGAAUGAUCCCCUGGACGAAUCGACUGAUCAGCUCUCUCAGCCCGUCGCUCCCGUGCUUGGCUUUCUCGUCGCCUGGCCCACACGACGGCCGCUUGGACGACGUAGCGGGCGAUGUGGCCUUAGACGACCGCGGGGAUGGCCGUCGUGAGUCGCACUGCCGCCCUUUCUCUUGCUGGCUGCGGUGCCUGAUGCCGGCAGGUGAGGGUCGGGGGCGCCUGACAAAGAAUGCGCCGCCGACGUGGUAGAGUUUGAUGAAGUGGAGGGUGGCGUCGAGGCUCUUGAAGCGGACGUCAAAGUCACGCUUGGGGGCGUCGGGAGAGGGCACAGGCUCGAUGGCAGGCGCACUGCAUAUCAAGACAUGCAUGGCGGUCGAUAUCGAUAUGGCCUGCCAGGUAUCUCUGUCUUACGCGAGGUUGGUUCGCUCCCUCAGAUGCGUCUGUGCGUGCGGGUGGAUGCUGGCGAUCGGCCUCUCUUGGUCGGGGGCAAUGCCGGCCUCGCGCAGCUGUCGGCACAGAUAGUCAUCCAAGUCAGCCUGGAGGCAGCAGCAAGGGACAAUACAACUGGUGUGCGUAUGGUGCGAGCUGGUGAGAUUUGUGUCUCAUAUGUUACCUGGGAGAAGUUGCAUCCGGUCACUUGGACGUUGUAUGGUUUGCUGUAGAGGUGCUCGAGAUGCGAAUAGGCCUCAACCAACGAGUAGCGAGUCUCUGUGUGUGACACACGACACACACAAAGGCAUACAUACAAUGGAGACGGCACUCAGUCUGCCUUCUGCGUGGCUGGCUGACCUCUGGCGCCAGGUCUGCUGAUGGUAGCCUCCUUGAGGACGGUCUCGCCCCGCAGCCGCUCCUGACACUCGUCAAACAACCUCGCCACCUCCACUGUCUGAACCAAUGAAUGACACACGUACACGCACGCGUCAGUCAGUCCCUUGCAGAUACAUACCCACAGGCAGCCAGCAGUGGCUGACGCAUAUAUGUUCACCUAACCUACCUCAAACACAAUGUCGACAGCAGCAGCCCUCGGCCCCCUGGUGCCGUCGGUGUUCUGCACAUUGAUGGGCCGGAUGAGGAUGUCGCUGUACCCUCCCGCCGUGACGCAUGCCGCCUUGUCGCGCAGGCGGGCGGCGUCGAGGAAGGCAAUGAGGGCCCGGAAGUGCUCCACCAGGCGAGGCCGGCUGUAGGCAUCAUCUAAACACCCCGACAAAGGGAAUGAACGAGUAAGUGACCAUGGAUGGCUUCAUCUGUACUGUCUGUACCUUGUGGCAGGUAGGUGACCCUCCUCAUUCGCUUGAUGUUGGGCGGCCCCAGCAGUGUCUCGUCCCGGGAGCCGCGCUUGCCGGCCAUGCAGCUCUCAAACGCCAACACUACCGGGUCCUCAUCUUCCUCUCAUGCACGACACAUACAGACAGGUCGAUCGUAUGUGCGUCAGUCAUGUGUGUCCUUUUGUUUCAUGUGUAUGUAUAGAUUGGGUGCAGUUGCGUUGCGUUGCGUUGCGUACCCCAGGCGAUUCGCACCCAGUGGUGGCGGCCUUGUCUUCCCUUGACAUCCAUGCCAGGCUGCGGCGCGCGGCGCAAACGACUGUACCGUACCCCACACACAAAUCACACAAAGGAGAUAUCUAGCUUGUUCACACAUGACAUACAUAUGACAUGUGAUGCGUUACACAUCAUACACACACAAGGCGAGCCACAGCUCUUCUCUAUGUGUAAGUAAUGUCGGUCAACCAAUGAUUUACCGCAUGAUUUCUGCAGCCGUCUUGGCGUCGCACAGCUGCGCCCUCGCGGUGUACCUGCCCUCACUCGUAAGCUGCAGGUACGAUGUCGACUUCUGCACACACACACAGGUCGAUGGAGUGGACAGAGAGGCGUUCGUUUGUGUUUUUUUGUGUGUGAUGCGAUGUGAUGUGUGUAUUGGGUGUGUUUGCAUACGAUGAGGUCUGUCGUGACGAAUUGGCCCUGGUGGUCUGGCAUGUGGAGACAACACUCCGCCUCGAGCUGCUCCCUUAGCCCCGUGACAUUCACACCGUGCUCAGGCACAUCCUUGAGCCAGAACACACUCCCACGACCUGACGCACACACAACACACACAACGACGCCCUUUUGGCUGGCCUGUCGCCUUUUCCACCCUCCCAAUAUCCCUCUCAUCAACUUGAGGUGGUGGCGGCGGCUUUGUAUUUGUCCUCGACGUCGAUGGCGAUGGGGUCGCUGCUGACGGAUUUGUCGCUCUUGGCGCCGCCCCGCAGCCAGCACUGUACCUGGAAGUGCACCGCCUCCACUGACAGCGGGAUGGACAGCUCCACUCGUGUGGCGGGGGUGCGGGUGUGGUGGACGAGCUCCUUGAAGAUGGCGUUGCAGCUCUGCAGGCCGUCGCCCACGUGAGACUCGUCCUGGUGCUCAAUACUGACAGACAGACAGCCACAACACACGGAGACACAUGUUUGUUCUUCAUCGGCUCACUCGGCUCACUCGGCUAUGUAUCUGUAGAGGAUGCGGUGUCCGACGACCCUGGGGAUGAGGUCCUUGGGCACAGUCCACUCGAGCAGCAGGUGGCGGGCGACGGCCUUCCUGCUGGAGGGGUCCUCAGCAAUGAGGGGGGCGCCAACCACCUCGGGACGGCCAGGACGGAAAUCUAAUUGGCGGAUGGACGGAUGGCGCACAGACGACAAUGGCACUUACAUGGCCGUUUCUUGCUUCCUGCGUCUCUCCCCCUCUCUGCAUCUCACUAACAUACCGUCAUGUGUGUCGGCGCAGAGGUGUUUGGUCUCGCGGAAGAUCUGACCAAUCACGCUCUGGGACUCAAACACCUUCCCAGGCUGAUUGAUAUGAUGGCCAACAUACACGUCAACACACAAGAGGGCAUGAGGGCAUGGCAUAUAGGAUAUGAAGGUGGCGGCCGGGCUGGUGUGUGUCAUGUCACGUCACAUGGAGGUACCAGCCAAUGGGCCUUUGAGGCCAUGAAGUCGGGUCGCUCCUUCGGCACCAGCUCGCGAGGUAAAGACACACUGAUGCCUGAUCCAUUGCAGAACCACAUUCAUGUUUGUGUGCUUCUGAUCGACCCAUGCAUGUGAUGUGUCCAUGGAUGUCUUGGCGCUGCAGCUGGUGCGUGUACCUGUCUUUGCGAAGUCGACAGCGUCGCUGUGCAGCUCGGCGAGCUCGAGACAUGUCGGGUGGCGGGCCUGCCGUGGUGUGGCGUAUGCACACAACAUACAACAGAAGACAAAACACAGCACAAGGCACAUGGGGUGUGUGUGUGGCAUAGAUGGUGCAGACUGACUUGCCUUUUGGUCUGCAUAGAUCUCAGGCUGGUGGCACUGGCUCAGCCACGCCACAGAGAUCUUGCCCAGGUUGUCGUUGCGGAAGUAGUUGAUGAAAUACUCCUGCACACACACACACACACACACACAACAAAGACGCUACCCAUACCCAUCUUUCCAUCCAUCCCUCCCUCCCCAUCUGUCAGUCAGUGACACUUGCCUUGAGUGCCUGCUGCCGGCUGAAUGGGUCUGAGAGGUCCACCUCACGCAGUGUCUCCUUCGGCCGCGGCUUGUAGUACUCCGCACCCGGCGGGUUGGUAGUGGGCGGAACGCAUCGAGGGUCCCAAAUCACGUGGUACUGGUCACCUGACACACACACACACACACACACACACAGAGAGAGAGAGAGAGAGAGGAUGGUCUCGGUUUUGUUUUGUGUGUGUAGGGUCUGGAGGGAUUGGUGCCACUGGGUGGGUAGGCAGGCAGGCCAUCGCACCGUCUAGGUCAGAGCCGCUGAGUUCGUUCGGGUGCGGCCUCUCCCCCUUGACGGGGAAGACAAUGACGUUGACACAGUGCUCCAGCUCCUUCCGCGACACCGCUCUCAACACACGCGUGUCGCCGGGAUCGAACGCGGGAUUCUUGCUCACAUUGACAUCCCCUGCAGACACACACACAGACAGAAGGGAUGAUGGCCGGUGUCUGUUUGGGUGUCUGUCUGUCUGUCUGUCUGUGACCUUGGAUGGUUUGUGGCGGCUCGUUGGGUCGUCUGAUGCGCACGUGGACCUCCCCCUCCUCGAGCACGCCGGCCUCAUCAGACACGCCGAACAACACGGCACCUGCACAACACAGACGAAAAGGACACAGAGCGUACGGGCUGUUCGUUGCGGGGCGUCCAGCCACGCACCUUUCUGAACGAACAAAGCAGAAGACAGAAAGAUACGAAUGGCCAUAUUCUCAUAACAAGGCAGGCGAUCCUAUCUCACCUACCUUGACAUAUAGAUGCGUUUUGUUGAGGAUGUCUUUGCAAAUGUACCGCCGGAUGUCCCGCAGACACACCCGGACGAACGGCUCGGUGGGUUCGAUCCCACGGCCGAUGAGGAAGGCCAGACGCCGCACGAAGAAGUGGUCCGUGCUCACCUUGUGCAGCAGACGCAGCGCAGCGCCUGCCGUGAGUGAGUGACACACAGACACAGAGAGAGACACAUCGAUUCGUGGCUGUGCAUGUACAGGGGACGGGAGGGGGGGAGGGGGGAAGGGCAGGGAAGGGCACCUUUGUUAGUGGUAGCGCGCCUGAUGUCCUGUAUGGUCUCAUCUUUGACCUCGUGGAUGGCCUCUGGCGGCACCUCACGCGUCAGCAGCAGAGUGAUGAUCUCGCGGUUCAGGUGCAGCGGGAUGAAGCGACUGUCAGUCAGACAGACAGACAGACAGACAAAGAGAGAGAGAUGGGGUGUGGUGUGGUGGGGUGUGUUGUUCACGCGUAGUCGCAUAUUUCCAGCAUGUGGUGCUCGGCCUUGAACUUGUUCUGCGACUUGCGAAGCACCACGCGAACCCUAUGAGCCGGCACACACACACACAUGCAGUCAUUAUGAGACAGACAUACACAUACGCAACCCACAGAAAUGGGAGGGAGCAUUUGGUAGUCUGAAAAGCUAGCUUACGGGUGUGUGUGUUUGUCUCUGAAGUCGGGAUCGACCACCAGCAUACCCUUGGCGCCGUUGAAGCGGAUCUGAAGACACACAAAAUGAAUGGCCAGGGAAGCAUGCAGAGUCGGUGUCGGUGUCGGUGUGUCGCUCGCUAUAUAUUCUACCUGGAAAGCGCAUGGCGUCUCCGAGAGGUUCAGCUUCCGCGAGAGGUCCUCAGCCACAUUCACGUGGCAGUACCCACACCCAUCUGCAUCAACACACACACACACAUACAUCUCCAUGGCCACCCCCACCACAACACACCCAGACAUUGGCAGGGCUCACCGGUGAACUCGUAUACGCACUUGUUGCGGUCACCAUCGAAAGGGUCCACUGGUCGGGCGAUGUCGUCCUCGAGACACACCUGCUCCGGUGAGAUGUGGAUGCCCUCGUGUGUGGCCGAGAAACACAUACCCUGACGGGCCGCAUACUUGCCUGACACGCAAUGGGAUACAGUGACAGGGAGAGAGGGUGUGGUGUGGUGUGGUGUGCUUAGUCGUGUACUGUACCAGGUAGUCUGACGUUGCUGAAGUCGCCCAUGAAGGACUCGAUCUCGACGAACCCCAAACUCUCGUCUACACAGAGACAUCACGGCACACGACAGCAGUACCAGAGAGAGACCUAUGAGCGUGAUGCUAUUCGUCGAUGGAUGGGCAGCAUUGUUCGUCUGUCUCUCUCUCUCUCUUGGCACCAGGUCUGAAGAACCACGUGGCGCAGUUUCUGAUCUGGCUGGAGCUGUAGGCCAGCAUCUGGUAGGCUGGCAGAAACGACAAACGAACACCUGCACAAAAACCACACCCCACACACGACCAGUCCAGAUGGCAAAAGCUCCCGGCCCCCAUUUGUGUGUGUGUGGUGCAUGCCGUCAUCGAGAAUGGUCCUCAUCCGCUUGUCCACGAUCUCCUCGAUGGCCGGCUCGUACAUCAGACGACUGCCGUCCUCGUCUGUGGCAGACAGAAAGGAACGACCACACACUCACACUGGCGUGUUGUGUUGUGUGGCUCACAGGCCCACCUACCGACGAAUGCGACGCGCAGGAAGGCGUCUGCCUUGUCACGGAACCGACGCAACACACUGCAGCCGUCCACCGUCCACACAAAGAGAGAGAGGACAGGACUGCAGUUCAUGCGACUGGAUGUGUGUGUGUGUGUGUGUGUGGAUGGAUGUGUGUGCCCACCGACCGGUUCGACUCCUCCACCUCAGGGCCUCUCACAAUGAGCUUCAACGGGCUAACCUGCUCACACACGGACACACACACACACAGACAGACAGACAGACAGACAGCUGGCCUGGAUGGCCAUGGAUACUCCUGCCUGUCUGACUGACGGACGUAGGCGUGCAUCACGCGCAUGCAGUGGGCGGGGUAGUCCUGCAGAUGACGAAUCAAACCCAACCUGUGUGUUUGGAGAACACACACACAUGCGGUGCGGGGGCGUCGACUGAGUAUCUGGAUGGCCACCCACACUCACUGUCGGCGCGCACGGGCAGCGAUCUUCUCAAACACUGAUGGAUGACCGAAUCACCGACAGCCACACACAUGCAGGGAUCGAGCCAGCCGUCAUUGUAUGUGUGUCGGUGUGGGUCCCCGCCCCAGUGGCAGUGGCACCUUUUGCUGGUUCCGUGAUGGGGCUGCGCACUCCCGCCAGCUCCAUCUCCUGCACACAAGACACACACACAUAGACACACAGGUGUAGACAGACAGACAUGCACCAUGAUAUGUAUGCGUGUGUGUACGUUGAGGCAGUAUAGUUUGAUGUCGACCGAGUGCCGGCGGCUCAGCAGACACUCACGCACAAACGAGGGGUCAAUCUGACAAAGAUUAAGGCAGGCAGAGACCAUGGGUGUGUGUGUCUGCCCUACCGCGUUUGACCCCUGGAUGACGCCCGUGGUGAUGAGGCAGUGAUAGCGCGCGAACAGCAGGAAACUCUCCUUCCACAGCUUGAACGACACCCUGAGAUACACAGACACGCAGACAAGCCAUGCCUGCCAGCACCCCUCCCUCCCUCCCUGCUGUCCUUUUCAUUCAUUCUUCUGUGUCUCACAUACUUGUAUAUUUUGUCGAACAAGUCAUCGGUGGAAAAGGCGCCUGAGCUGCGGGCGUCCUGCGAUGAGUGUGAGGCGUUGCGGCCACGCAGAUGGACAUAGGAGAUGUGCUCAAUAGGCGGAGCAGCCUCGCCUUCCGGCCUACAGGGCAAUAGAUAUUGCACAAGGGGCGGCGAGUGUGUGUGCUGUCUCUUUUGUUACGUGGCGGAUCCGCUGAGCAGCAGGCCGGCCUUGACGAGCGAGGGGGCGAUGUGCUGCUGGAAGUGAGCCUGACACCACACACCACACCACACCACACACACAUGCAGAUGGAACGGGAAUGGCCCAUGCGUGCGCCUGGUGUGUGCACCUUUCGAUCAGGGCACACCACACACACGCACCAGGAGGCCUCGAAGGCCUGGAAACAGACAGACACCACCGUCCCCCUGGCAUCCAUCCCUGUGUGUUGUGUGCCUGUCCUCACCGUGACGCUCUUGCGCGGCAUGAACACCGAAGACCUGUCUCUGCCUGCCCGGCCCCCACCCCGACCCUCACACUCGCCGUUCUCGUUCUCGGCCCCCUCCUCAUCCUCAUCCUCGUCAUCAGUGGAAGACUCGGACUCAUCGCCGGGGGUGGGGCUGGCGGCUCCCGCGGUCGACUGCUGCUGCUGCUGCUGCUGCUGCAGCAGCGAUGACUUGGACUCCUUCUGCACACGCAACACGAUGAGGUGACCCUUUUAGCCAAGAGAUGUGAUAUGUGUUCCGGCGGGCGGGCGGGCGGGAUGCAUGGGAUGUGCACACAUACACGCGUACGUCCAGUGCGUCGUCAGCGGGUCCUCUGCUGAUGAUCCAUGGGUCUACGAUGCGGCACCACUCGAUGCGCCCGUUGCCAAGACACCCGUCGCCUGGGCCUGGUGGGGCUGACGCUGAGGCAGAGGCAGAGCUGCUGCCGGUGGUGCUGGGCAUGCCGGGAUCGCGAUACAACUGCAUGGUGCAUUGAUGCCAGGAAAGGCACAGCAGAUGUGUGGGAGGGGGGGACUGAGGGGGGGGAGUGGUGGGUCGGUCACCUUGGGGGCAGUGAUGUAUACGAUGGCUAUGUGCAGGUCGUUGUGGGUGUCGCUCGGGGCGGCCCCUCGGCCGCCAUGGCUGUCAAACACUCUCAGGUUGACAGAUGAGAAGGGCCACUCCAUCUUGUAGGAGCGGCCACACAGCCUGAAAAGAGAAACAAGAACCAAUCGAACGAGGCCCAGACAGAGAUCGUGUGUGCACACAUGUCCGUCUUGCCUGAAUGCGAUACGCACGAGCCUGUCGGUGAGGCAGAAGUAGACGCACACCGAGCCCUCCUCGUCAUACGUCAAACCGAAGUUGUUGCGCUGCGGGGAGAGGAAAGGGGCAGACAGACAGACAGACAGACGGGCAAACGACAAACAGACGGCGUGCAAGAAUGGAUGGAUGGAUGGAUGGAUGCUUACGAUGGGUUUAUCCAUGUUGGACAGCGCCUUGUAGGUCUCAACCUCAUCGUCCUUGACCUGCAUCACACACAUCGGGCACACGGCCACACGCACUCCUCUCCCCUGCCCACACAGCUCAGUGAGUGCCCCAUUCUGACUGACAGGGAUUCACUCACCAGGUUGCCAAAGUAUAUCUUGGUGCCGAAUAUGGCGGUGGUGCGGUGAGCGGGUCUGGUGGGGUCGACCUCGGCAGUGAUGACGUGGCCGUAGGAGUCCCUGGUCUUGUUGAGCUUGGCAGCAGCCAACUCGGCACAAGGCGCGCUGCAGCGAAUGCAUUCAUGAAGCCACAUCAGUCAUAUAUAUGACUGCGGGCCGCCUUGUCGCUUGCCUGUAAUAUCUGAUCAGUGCAGUACCGUUGUCAUUCAGCUGGAACCUGCAGGCAUUGAUCAGGGAGCUAACUGCUCAUGUGUUGUGUUGUGUGCCCCAUUGCAUGCAAUUGGCGUGUGGUCUUGUUCAGGGCGACCGGUCGAUUUGGCCAUAGUAUCCGAAGCCCGGCGGCCCGCGGAUGUCCCACAGAUGCACACCUGGGCUGAGAUCCCGCACAACCACUGUGCCGGACGACUGCUCCAGACCCUGACACACACAACACACAGACACACAUCCAAAGCAUCCACACAGCUCGUUCUUGGUGGUUUCUUCUCUCUCCAUGUGCACACCUCAAACUCUCUCUUGUAGACCCAUCUGAACAGCCGCAGCCCCAUCUCGUACACCUGACACAUCCCUGCACACACACAACAGGAAGGAACAAUACCAUACCGCCCGCCACGAGAUCUUUUCCUCUUUCUGGAUGGGUGCACCAUUGAUGUCAGGGUAGACGACAUCUGCCUCUGCAGCAUCCGUGCUGCCACCAAACAUGCUGCGCUGCGCACGGGUGGAAGGCCUUCAGCGCAUCUCUCUCGGUAGCUCAAUAUUCUGCGGGUAAAUCUCUUGAGGCGCGGUCACAAAGCCGAGUCGCCACGCCCCAAUGCAUGCUGCAGACCUCA